GAUGCAGAAUAGAAAACUGCGACUCCUGCUUUAGCAGAGACUUUUGUACCAAAUGCAAAACUGGCUUUUACUCGCACAGAGGUCGGUGCUUCCGAGGAUGCCCCCCUGGAUUUGCAGCCUUGGAAGAGCUUAUGGAAUGUGUGGAAGGCUGUGAAGUGGGUCAGUGGAGUGAGUGGGGAACUUGCAGCAGAAAUAACAAAACAUGUGGAUUUAAGUGGGGCCUGGAAACGAGAACAAGACAAAUUGUGAAGAAGCCAGCAAAAGACACAAUUCCAUGCCCAACCAUUGCAGAAUCCAGACGGUGUAAAAUGGCCAUGAGGCAUUGUCCAGGAGGGAGGAGGGGAAGCCAGGAGGAA